AUGGGAGAAGACAACAGGAGCACCUCCACCGGGACAUGGACUCUCAUCCCCCCAUCGGGGAGCCCCCAGGACCUCAUGGCCAAUUACGACAUCCCUCUGGAUUACGAGGUUCCAGUGGACGAGAUCCCAGACACGACUCAGGGACGAGCAUUCUUCGUGGCUACAAUCGUUAUCGCGGUGGUCCUGGUCUGCAUCAUGCUGGUCUGCGGCGUUGGGAAUUGCCUCUUUAUAGCCUCAUUGGCACGCUAUAAAAAACUAAGGAAUCUCACUAAUUUACUCAUCGCCAACUUGGCAAUAUCAGACAUCCUGGUGGCCACUGUGUGCUGUCCCUUUCUGGUGGAUUAUUACGUGGUCAAGCAACUGUCAUGGGAUCAUGGGAUUGUGCUUUGCGUCUCCAUUAACUACCUUAGGACUGUGUCUCUCUACGUGUCCACCAAUGCCCUGCUAGCCAUCGCGGUGGAUAGGUACAUGGCUAUCGUUCAUCCCCUGAAGCCCCGUAUGAAGUAUCAGACAGCGUACUGGAUCAUUUUCGGAGUUUGGAUAAUCCCAGUCCUCAUUUCGGUGCCGUCGGCCUACUUCGCUACAGAGCACGAGUACCCGCACAGCACGCUCGGCCACGACAGAAAGAUCUUCUGCGCUCAGAUCUGGUCUGCAGACCAACAGCUCAUGUAUCGCUCCUACUUCCUCUUCAUCUUCAUCGUGGAGUUCCUGGGGCCCGUGGUGACCAUGUCGGUCUGUUACGCGCAGAUCUCCAGGGAGCUGUGGUUCAAGAACGUCCCGGGAUUUCCGACGAAGCAGCUGCGUAAACGGCUACGACAGCGGCGCAGGACGGUGGUGGCACUGAUUGCGGUUCUGGCGGCGUAUGUGAUGUGCUGGGCGCCAUAUUAUAGUUUCACGCUGCUGCGGGAUUUCUACCCAGCGCUAAUCACACGCGGCCGUAACUCACUGGUCGUUUUCUACAUCAUCGAGUGCAUCGCGAUGAGCAACGGGGUCAUUAACACUCUGUGUUUUGUGAGCGUUAGGAACAAUGCCACGAAGUGCUUUAGAGUCGUCAAAAUUGCUCACUGGCGCUCGCUAACGAGGGUGAUCGCUGGAAAGAUGGCGGAAGACGACAUUAGGACUUCAUCCUUAAGAGUGACAGAGGAUGUGGAAUGUACACGAAUAAAGUGAAAUGAUGGAGAAAUAAACUAAAAGGUGAUACAAGGCCUCAACAAUGCCAUCAUGUGGGUCAAGAAAUGUCCGUAAAUUUGGAAGGAUCCACAGAGACAUGAAAACAUUUCUUACGGGAACAGAUAAAUUAAGAAAGACUUGUUUUGGAAGGUAAAACAACAUGAUAGACCGGUGAUAUGGUUUUGCCAAGAGUUGUGAUAUAAACAAAAUUUAACUGAUGAGAGACUGGUUUGUGUAAAUGCUCCCAGAUUAAUAUAUUAAUGUUAA